AUGCCUCUUCAGCCCUCAUGCCAUCAUGCCUCUUCGUCCCUCAUGUCAUCAUGCCUCUUCGCCCCUCAUGCCAUCAUGCCUCUUCGUCCCUCAUGCCAUCAUGCCUCUUCGCCCCUCAUGCCAUCAUGCCUCUUUGCCCCUCAUGCCAUCAUGCCUCUUCGCCCCUCAUGCCAUCAUGCCUCUUCGCCCCUCAUGCCAUCAUGCCUCUUCGGCCCUCAUGCCAUCAUGCCUCUUCGUCCCUCAUGUCAUCAUGCCUCUUCGCUCCUCAUGCCAUCAUGCCUCUUCGCCCCUCAUGCCAUCAUGCCUCUUCGCUCCUCAUGCCAUCAUGCCUCUUUGCCCCUCUUGCCAUCAUGCCUCUUCGCUCCUCAUGCCAUCAUGCCUCUUCGCUCCACAUGCCAUCAUGCCUCUUCGCCCCUCAUGCCAUCAUGCCUCUUCGCCCCUCAUGCCAUCAUGCCUCUUUGCCCCUUAUGCCAUCAUGCCUCUUCGCCCCUCAUGCUAGCAUGCCUCUUCGCCCCUCAUAACAUCAUGCCUCUUCGCCCCUCAUGCCAUCAUGCCUCUUCGCUCCUCAUGCCAUCAUGCCUCUUUGCCCCUCAUGCCAUCAUCCUCAUGCCAUCAUGCCUCUUCGCUCCUCAUGCCAUCAUGCCUCUUCGCCCCUCAUGCCAUCAUGCCUCUUCGCCCCUCAUGCCAUCAUGCCUCUUCGCCCCUCAUGCCAUCAUGCCUCUUCGCCCCUCAUGCCAUCAUGCCUCUUCGCCCCUCAUUCCAUCAUGCCUCUUCGCCCCUCAUGCCAUAAUGCCUCUCAAGGUGUUCGCCACCUUGCUCAUCCCUACUCUUCGCCCCUCAUGCCAUCAUGCCUCUUCGCCCCUCGUGCCAUCAUGCCUCUUCGCCACUCAUGCCAUCAUGCCUCUUCGCCCCUCAUGCCAUCAUGCCUCUUCGCCCCUCAUGCCAUCAUGCCUCUUCGCCCCUCAUGCCAUCAUCCUCAUGCCAUCAUGCCUCUUCGCCCCUCAUGCCACCAUGCCUCUUCGCCCCUCAUGCCAUCAUGCCUCUUCGCCCCUCGUGCCAUCAUGCCUCUUCGCCACUCAUGCCACCAUGCCUCUUCGCCCCUCAUGCCAUCAUGCCUCUUCGCCCCUCAUGCCAUCAUGCCUCUUCGCCCCUCAUGCCAUCAUGCCUCUUCGCCCCUCAUGCUAG